AUGGACCCAUUCAACAACAGUACGCCCACCUCGCAAUCCGCAUCGCCUGUGCCGUCCACAUCUCCGCCUGCAAAGUCUCGACCACAUUCACUUGCCAUCUCCCGCUCAGAUUCAGUACGAGCCCCUAUCCAUGACCGUGGAAAUCGCAAUUCUGCCCACGUCCAUUUCGCAUCGCCCAGCCAUAUCGAAAAGUCCGAGCUGCAAGGCCUGCAAAGAUCAGCUACGAAACACCUGCGCACACUCUCCAAGUUUGCUCAAAACACCGAAGAUGACGACUUUUCGAUAAAGUCUCCUGAGCAAGAGGUGGUCGGUCUGCAUGGUCGCAGGAGGUUACAGCGUGCCAUGACGACGAAAGAGAAGAAGGGCACAGAAAGUACCAGCAAAUUCACGAGCAGUUGGGAAGCCAGCAAAUGGAUGGAUCGUCAGCGUCAAUUCUUGCAGGCCUACGAAUAUCUGUGUCAUAUUGGUGAAGCAAAGGAGUGGAUCGAGGACAUCAUCCACAAACAAAUCCCUGAGAUUGUCCAGCUCGAGGAGGCCCUUCGAGACGGAGUCACCCUCGCUGAAGUUGUGCAAGCCAUCUAUCCCGAUCGACCUAUCCGCAUAUUCAAACAUGAACGUCUGCAGUUUCGCCAUUCCGACAACAUUGCUCUGUUCUUCCGUUUUCUUGCCGAGAUGGAGCUGCCCGAGCUCUUCCGCUUUGAAUUGGUUGAUCUUUACGAGAAAAAGAACAUCCCCAAGGUCAUCUACUGCAUUCAUGCCCUAUCAUGGCUUCUCUUCCGCAAAGGAGUUGUGGACUUCCGCAUCGGUAAUCUCGUCGGUCAGUUGCAAUUCGAAGAUCACGAACUUGAAGCCAUGCAGAAAGGUCUUGACAAGGCUGGAAUUAGUAUGCCCAAUUUCUCAGGCAUGGGCGCCAACUUUGGUGAGCCAGAGCCAGAGCCUGAACCAGAGCCCGUCGAGACAGAGGAAGAGCGCAUCCAGAGAGAACUCGCUGAACAUGACGCUAUGGUUGAGGACUUACAAUCUCAAAUUCGUGGAGCCAUGGUGAGACUAAGACUCGGAGACACCAUGAACCAGCUAUGGGAUGCCGAGGAUGCCCUCAUUGACCUUCAAUCACGAAUCCGCGGAGAUUUUGCCCGCCAAAUCUCCGAUUAUCGCAUGGAUAUGAAACGUUUUGCUGUUCAGCUUCAGAGUGCUGCUAGAGGCUUCCUCAUUCGUAGGCGUCGUAGCGGCCGUGAGCAGACCUGGAAAGCCCAAGAGAAGCAAAUCGUCACUCUCCAGUCACUGUUCAGGGCACGCAAAGCUAGGACGGAGGUCAGAAGAAUGCGGACGCUUAUGCAAAAGCAGGACAUGGGCAUCCGCAACCUUCAAGCUGCGAUUCGUGGUGCUCUGGGCAGAUGGAAUGUCAGUGAUCAGUACGAAGCGACUCGUGAAGCCGAAGAGCCAGUGCGCUGGCUCCAGGCAGCGAUUAGAGGAGCCAUUCAGAGAAAACAAAUCGAACGUCAGAUCGAAGAGGGACAAGCUUCCGAGGAGCAUGUUAUUUCUCUGCAAGCUGCCAUCCGAGGAGCUCUACAAAGGAACCAGGUCGAACGUCAGCUCGAAGACAGUCGCCAAUCAGAACAAGAUGUUGUUGCUAUGCAGGCCGCGAUUCGAGGUAUGCUGGAGAGGAAGGGGCACGCUGCGAAUGCCGACCUGCUUAGAAAGCACUCGAGAUCUGUCGCAUCACUCCAACAUGCGAUGGCCGGCUUCAUCCAGCGUCGCAAGUUGGAUCACACUCGUAUUUCUCUCGACACCGAGACCCCUGCUUGGCUAGAGCUUCAAUCGGCAGCACGUGGUCAAAAGGCGAGACGUGCUGUCAGGAAACUCAAGUCAGACCUACAAAAGCAGUCAUCCUCGAUCAUCGCAUUGCAGUCUGCGUUCAGGGCCGGUUGUAGCCGCAAGGACGUCAAAGCCAUCAGAGAUGCGCUUAGCUAUCGCGAAAAUGCAAUCAUCGCUCUCCAAAGCUGUGCUCGCGGCCAUAUGUUCCGCAAUAAGCAUCACGCCGACGUUACAGCCUUGUAUGCCCAGAGGCCAGCCAUCAAGGAUCUUCAGUCUUUGUCUCGAGCAUAUCUCGAGCGUCAAAGAGUGUUCGAUGUUUUGUGUCGGCUUAAUGAGCAAGAAGAGCAGAUCAUCGAGUUGCAGAGCCUUUCUCGCGCCCUGCUUGGUCGUCGUGAUAUCGGCGUUCUUCUAGGACAACUUGAAGAAGAUGAAGACGCUGUUGUGGAUCUCCAAUCUGCUGUCAGAGGACUGCUUGUCAGACGAGACUUUGCUGAGAAGCAACGCUUCUACCGAGAGAACAUGGAGAAGGUCAUUAAAGUUCAGAGCUUUAUUCGGGCCCGCCAACAAGGGCAGGCUUACAAGAGUCUGACGAGUGGAAAGAACCCGCCCGUCGGUACUGUCAAGAACUUUGUUCAUCUUCUUAACGACAGCGAUUUCGACUUUGACGAGGAACUCGAAUUUGAGAGAUUGCGCAAGACUGUUGUGCAACGCGUGCGACAAAAUGAGAUGGCCGAACAAUACAUCGAUCAACUUGACAUCAAGAUUGCUCUCCUUGUCAAGAACAAAAUCACGUUGGAUGAAGUCGUCAAGCAUCAGCGACACUUUGGUGGACACGUUGGCAGUCUUUUGAACAACACGGAGAUAUCUUCCAAAGAUCCCUUCGAUCUCAAAGCCUUAAACAAGAACUCAAGAAGAAAGCUUGAACACUACCAGGAGCUAUUUUUCCUUCUGCAAACUCAACCACAAUAUCUUGCGCGUCUAUUCCACAAGCUGAAAGAACAAGGCAUGCCAGAGCAAGAAGGCAAGAGGAUCGAGCUGCUCAUGAUGGGACUCUUCGGCUUUGCUCAAAAGCGCAGAGAGGAAUACUACCUGUUGAAGCUUGUGACACGUUCCAUCCAAGAAGAAGCCGAGCACAGUGCCUCCCUUCAAGAUUACCUUCGUAGUACCUUCUUCUGGAGCCGACUCUUGUCUGCCUACGUCAGAAGCCCUCGCGAUCGUAAGUAUAUGCGUGAUCUCUUCGGACCUCUUGUCAGAGAGAGUAUCUUCGAGAAUGCAGACUUGGACCUUGAGAGCGACCCAAUGCAAAUCUACCGAGCGUCUAUCAACAACGAGGAGCUUUCCACAGGGCAACGCAGUCGCAGAAACCCAGACAUCUCUCGUGAAGAGGCCAUUCGCGACCCUGAGACCAGAGAUCUCUUCGUAUCCCAUCUGCAAGACCUCCGCGAUAUCUGUGAUCACUUCUUCAUCCUCCUGGAAGAGACUUUGCCACGUAUGCCUUACGGUCUAAGAUUCAUUGCUCAGCAGACAUUCAACACUCUUGUUGCCACCUUCCCCGGAGAGAGUCAGCAACAUCUCCUUCAAGUCGUUGGACAUUGGUUGUGGAAAGCUUAUCUUGCACCUGCAUUGACUCAACCGGAGAUGUGGGGCAUAAUCGAUCGAGGUCUAAGCCCGAUCCACAAGCGUAACCUCGGUGAAGUCGGCAAGGUCCUGGGUCAGGUCUAUGCGGGUAGACUGUUCGGAGGCGACCACAUCUAUCUGCAGCCUUUGAACACCUGGGUGGGUGAGGCUAUUGAGAGAAUGGAGGAUCUUCUUGCAUCUCUCAUCGACAUCCGUGAACCCGAACAGCAAUUCGACAUUGACGAGUUCAACGAUCUCUUCGCCCGUGUCAAACCUACCUUGUACAUCAAGAUGGCGGACAUCUUCGCCAUUCACCACCUUGUGACCAACGAGCUAUCGAAUCUUUCCGGCCCGAAUGAUGUUUUACGUGAAAUCAUCCGCGAACUCGGCAGUGCCCAAAGCAACGAGAACGAAAUGAUGGGUGUUGGCUCGAAUGAAAUCAGUCUCCAAUUGACGCCCAAAUUCCACGACAAGCAAGACCCUGAGGCCGAUCUUAAGCAACUCUUCAUGGAAACCAAGCGCCUUGUUCUUUUCAUCAUCAGGAUACAAGCUGGAGCCAAUCUGCUUGAUAUUCUGGUUCGACCCAUCACGGCGGAAGACGACGACAAGUGGUUCUCACUCUUGGACGAAGAAGCUUUGCAUCAAAAACGCAACCCUAGAGCGCCCUCGGCAUACUCUGGUAUGAUGGAGGAUGAACCGGCCUCAACUCUGUUGGACAUCACGUCCAUGUCAUAUGCCGAAGUCAAGAGCGCAGCUCUUGAAAACAUCCUCCUCCUCGAACAGCAUGGAAAGGUCAACAGGCAUAACCAGUACCAAGACCUACUCAAUGCAAUUGCUAUUGACAUCAGGACGAAGCAUCGUCGUCGUGUACAACGCACUCGCGAGCUCGAGGGUGUUCGUGCCACGCUUACUCAACUAAACUCAAAGGCCUCUUACCUGGACGAGCAAUUGCAGAGCUACAACGACUAUAUCGAGCAGGCCAUGAUAACAUUGCAAAACAAAAAGGGCAAGAAGCGAUUCCUUCUACCUUUCACCAAGCAGUAUAACCACGAGCGUGAGUUGGCUCGCUCUGGUCGCACACCCAAGUUCGGUUCGUACAAGUACUCGGCACGUGCUCUUGCCGAAAAAGGUGUUCUCGUCAGCUGGGAUGGGUACGAUGCAACUCAAUGGAACCGUAUCAACGUCACCAUCUCCUCCGAUGAAGUCGGUGUCUUCCAUAUUGAGGGAAGCAUGGGCAGUCUCAUGAUCCCAGGUGCCAGCGCCUCUGUACCGCUUGACGACCUCCUUCAGGCACAAUUCGACAAUCACCAAUUCAUGAACCUGUUCCGUGGGACUGGCGGUGACGGUGGCUUGAAGUUGAACGUCAACCUCUUCUUGCACCUGGUCUUCAAGAAGUUCUACCGUGAAGAGUAG